AUGUCAGCUUUAUUCAAAUUUAUCCGCUGGCGGGCAAAGUAUACGCGUCUUGAAGUGAUCGGUUCACUGAUACUGAUUAGUUUAUUUAUCAAUAUAUUCUCAAUAAAUCGAUUGUUUCAAUGUUCAUCUUCAGUGACAACUGUAUCGUCUGAAUUGAAAACAUUAGAAAUACAUUUGAAUACAAAACCAACAAGCACGAUUGAACGGUCGAAAAAAGCGCUUGAAAAUUUGAAAAUCUUACUAAAUAGUGUCCUGUCUGCUAACGAUCAACCAUGGAUUUGGUCGCCAUCAGCUCAAUAUCCGUCUGUGCCCUACCAACCAACAUCGUUGUUAAACCAAAAGAUUCCUAAAGCAAUCAAUGCAAAGUCGAUAGCUCCGCAAGUCGUUCAAGACGAAAUUAACCGUGUAUGUCGACGAUUGACUAGUGUAAAUAGUACUGGUGGACAAAUCUGGUGUCAAUUAUUUACCAAAUGUUAUGCAGAUACAUUGGCAACGACAGCAAGCUUACUGGAUGAUAAUACAACCUAUAUCAUAACCGGUGAUAUCGAUUUGAUGUGGUUACGUGACAGCAGUGCUCAAGUUCAUCAAUAUAUGACCUUAUCACACGAUAAAGACAUUCAACGUAUCAUUGAAGGUCUUAUUCGUCGUCAAACACAAUUUAUAUUUGCUAAUCCAUAUGGCAGUUCUUUUCGUUUAACUCUUCGUGCAAAUCCUCCAUCGGAUGAUUCUCUUCAACCGGUACAUGUUCAAAAAGGUCGCAAUAUGCGUGUUGCCAUGCAUAAUUACGAAUUGGAUAGUUUAUGCUACUUUCUACGUUUGAGCUACACUUGGUGGAAGCAAACACAACGUACCGAUGCAUUCGAUCGUCAGUGGCUAUUGGCUGUUUCGAUUAUUGUUCAAGUCAUGAUUGUUGAACAACAUCAUUCAGAAAUUUCGCCAUAUCGCUAUACAGAAUUAGGCAAUAGUUACCAGGGCUCGCGUGUUUCUUACACGGGAAUGACCUGGAGCGCGUUUCGACCGAGUGAUGAUCAAACGAAAUUUGGCUACUUAAUUCCAAGUAAUAUGAUGGCAGCCGUCGUUUUAAAACAAGUAACGGAAAUGAUUAAGACUAUCUUUCCUGACCAAACUGAACUCGUGAAACAAAUUGAUCAACUGCAUGCAGAUAUUCUGUCGGGUAUUCACACAUAUGGAGUUGUUCAGCAUGCUACCUAUGGUAAAAUUUAUGCUUAUGAAACCGAUGGAUUCUCUUCACCUCUUCUUCUCGACGAUGCCAAUGUACCAUCGCUCCUUUCAGGCGCAUAUCUUGGUUUCAAAACAACCUAUGAUCCUAAUGAUCAAAUAUUAGCAUCAACACGCAAAUUUGUGCUAUCCACAGAUAAUUCGUUGUUUUUUCAAGGUGAAUAUGCAUCAGGAAUCGGUAGUCACCAUACCCAAGCUCAGUAUGUUUGGCCAAUGGCGAUCAUCAUGGAAGGCUUUACUAAUCACUCACAAGCAAAUCUUGAUAGCGUUUGGAAGAGACUAGAAGCAAGUCAUGCUGGAACGUUUGCUAUGCAUGAAAGUUUCGAUGUUAACAAUCCGAAACAGUUUACUCGUACAUGGUUCGCAUGGGUGAACUCGUUGUUUGCUGAACUAGUGUUAGCUCAUUUGGAUAAAUUAGAAAAUUGGUUAAACUAUCGCCGUUAA